UCUGCAGGCACGCUCAUGCUGCUGGGAUUCCAAACAUGGCAAUGAUGAGAAACUUUGUUUUAAUUUGCACCCUGGCAGCCCUGUCAGCAGCUGAGGCAUCAACAUCGUCCUCUUCGUCUUCGUCUUCCUCCUCCUUUGAAAGUGCAGGUAGGAUCUGUCUUAAUGGAGGCAGCUCUGUCCCGUCCCUGACUUCUGGUGAACACAUGUUCUGUUUGUGUGCCGAAGGUUUUGAGGGGAGACACUGUGAAAAAGUGAAAGCCGGUCAGUGCUUCGAGGGGGUGGGUCUGUACUACAGAGGAACCGUGGCCAAAUCAAAGAGCGGACGCACAUGUGAGGAGUGGGAUUCAGACACCAGGGAGCUCUACCUGUCAAUAGAUCUCAAGUCAGGGAGGCACAACUACUGCAGGAAUCUGCACUACAAGCGGCGUCCGUGGUGUUUUGUGUGGAAGAACCUGCAGCUGGUGUGGGAGUACUGUGCUGUCCCCCGCUGUAGCUCUGACUCAUUCCCAGAUCCACCCCCGCCUGCACCCACUGAACCUGAGCCAGGUAAACCCCCUCCUUUACUGCACUCGCUGAAUCAUCCUCCAUG